AUGGAACUGUCCCAGCUCCUCCGUGAGAUCAGGGCAAAGUAUGAAACGCUCAUCACCAGAAAUCAGAUAAAGACCCUCAUCUCAGCAAGGACCCAGCUAGAAGAAGCCACCACUAAAAGAAUGGACAAAGAUGCUGAAGCACUAAAGGCAGCCAGAGCAGAACUCUCUGAAGCAAGGAGGCAGUGGCACCAUAUGCAGAUUGAAAUUGAAUCUCUCCACGCUGUGGAAAAAGGUUUGGAGCGUUCACUGCGUGCCACAGAGGAGCAGUACCACAUGCAACUACAAAACUUAGAAGGUGAGAUUGAAUGCUUAGAGAAAGAACUACUGGAAGUGAGAAGAGGUAUUGAGAAACAGCUUCAAGAACAUGAACUUCUCCUGAACACAAGGAUGAAACUGGAGGAGGAGAUAGCAACAUAUCGCAGUCUGCUUGAGCAAGAAGAGAACAGGUUUCGCUGCUCUGCACCUGAGCAGAGGGAUGACAAAAAGCCUACCACAAGCAAGAUUGCUUUUACACUGCCUUCAAGUGAUAUAGCUGCAUUUUCUUUUACAGAUAGUGUAAAGAAGCACAAAAGUGAGAAGACAGAACUGUUGACAAAACAAGCAGUCCUGGGUGGAAAUAUUAUGAAGGAAAGCACUGAAGCUCACGGCACUGUACAGACAGAAAAAGUGGAUGAAGUUAUUAAAGAAUGGGAAGGUUCUUUCUUUAAGGACAACCCUCGCUUAAGGAAAAAAUCCGUUUCGUUGCGCUUUGAUCUCCACUUAGCAGCAACUGAGGAAGGAUGUUUACACACUAAGAAGAAAACUCUUCCUGACAUUGAAGUCAGGCUGGUCAUGAGGAGAUCUUGCAGUAUUCCUUCUAUCAAACCUUAA